UGAAAUAUCGGCCGAAAUAAGGAGACACCGCCGCUUUAAGCUCCCAAACCAUGACGUCAGGUAUUUUUGACAGGAGGAAGCAGUGAGUUAACGGAAUCAGCGAUGGAGGACGGGAGACCCGCCAGCAGCAGCGUGUGCGCGUCACGGUAAAACCGGAGAGCAUCGCCGGUAACAUGCCCGCCGACGGCCCGGGAGGACACGGGAUCGCGUGCUGGCAGGUGGCCCUGCUUGGUGCAUCCGCGCUCGUUAUCUUGGCGGAGAGAGCUGCACUGAUCUACUGUAUUGGGUAUUACCUGUGUGAAGAUCAGGUGUUUUGGGCGGGGCUAACCUCUGCCCUCUUGUUGCCGGGGACGGUCGUGCAGGUGCUCAGCUUCCUGUGGUACAGGGCAGAUGGAGAGCAGAGAACAUGUCACAUGAUCAUUUUACACACACUCCAUUUGGGCAUCUUCAAAAGGCUGUGGGACUGCAGCGUGUGUGUGUGGCGAGCGCAGGGCAGGCCUCACUCUCACGCCCAGCUGGUGAUGAGGCAGGCGGACGUUUCGGCUCUGCGGCUGGUCGAGGUCUUCGUGCUCACCCUGCCUCAGUCGCUCACGCACACGUACGUUCUGGCGGCGACGGACUUCAGCCUCGCAUCACCAGUCGCCCUGUGCAGUGGCACCUGUCUGCUCUCUCUGUCCUGGGCGCUGGUACUCUACAGCCGGGCGUGCUGUCUGACCCGCCCGGGGCACCUGCUGAUGCCCCCCGCCGCCCUGCUGUGUCAGCUGCUGUGGAGGGCGGGCAUGCUGGCCGCCCGCUGGGUCAGCCUCGCCCUGUUCGCCCGCUCCUUCGGCUGGUGGGUCGUCGGGGUCGUGGGGUCCCACUGGCUGAUAGCAGCAUUCUGGUUGGUCUCCCAGCAGACGGACAUCUGCGUGGGCCGGUGGCCUUGGCGGAUGUUCAACCUGGUCCUGGGAGGCGUGCACGUCUUCCUCUUCCUGAACGUGAAGGACGGCCCGUCCCGCUUCCGCAUGGCGGGCUUUUACACGGUGAUGCUGCUAGAGAACACCAUGCUCCUAUUGGCCGCUUCCGACCUCCUCAGCGAGGCAUCGUGGGAUAGCCUGACCAUCCCCACUGCUGUCCUGUGCAGUUACCUGAUAGGUCUGACGUCCCUGGUCCUCUAUUACCGCUUCCUGCACCCAAAGUCCACGGAGAUCUCUCAGGGCCUGCGUCCGGGCGUCCCCGCCGGCAGCGUGUGCAUGGACCAGGGCAGCUCCUCCCUCUCCCUGGGGGAUAAGAGCCUGGCUCCUCCCUCCCUGCCCCUCCGCCUCUCAUCCUCCCUGUCAGAGAUCCCCGGAUCCCUCCUAGAGCACCCGGGCAGCUGCAGGGCCAAAGGGCAGGGUGAGUACCAUCACCACCACUGGCUCCUCCUGCGUCUGGCCUUGAAGACGGGCGACCCGGCCAAGAUCAACCGGGCCUACGGCGCCGGGGGCAUGGCGGGCAUCCUGGCAGGGGAGGAGGAGCAGAAAGGCGAGCGAGGGGGCGAGGCGGGGGGCGUGUCCAGGUCGGGAAGCAGGGACGACACGCUGGCCCCGCUGUCGGACUGCAAGGAGGAGUUCGAGAGCGCCAGCGAGGCGAGGGAGGAUGAGGAGGAGAUGGAGAGCCCGCCGGAGUCCCCCGAGUCAGACUGCAAGCGCAGCUCGCCCGAGGGCAAGUCCGUGUUCGGCGACAGCCCCGAACCCCUCUACUGCCCCACCGAGUCCAGCUCCACCCUCUACUUCAGCGCCGACCCGCAGUCACCCAGCUCCUCCAGCAACCCGCGCCUGGACCGGACCGGGCCGGACCGGGACGGCCGCUUCGGCUUCGGCUCCGGAGCGGGUGCGGAAAGCCUGGGGGAGCGCAGCCCCGCCUCCAGCGACGGAGGUCUCCAGCCGGGCCGCGCCCGCUACACCUCCGCGCCACGGCUGGACGGCCAGGGGCUUCCGGAGGGUUCCGUACCCCACCCGACGGGCGCACACAGACACGCGCUGCUGUGUCGCAGGGACCUGGAGGAUCACGGCGGCUUUUGAGGGACCACAGAGAGUUCCGAAGAGUUGGAAAUGGGAUCCGAGAGUUUCUUUGUGUGUGAGAUGAAAAAUGCUGAGCAUUUAAAACAGUGACACACCGGCACAAACAAGCUUUUAACGUGACUUUAUAUUUAUGAUAUAACAAAUGCACCAUUGUUGUGUGGCUGUGAUAAAUUUACAGCAACAAACAUAUUUUCCAUUAUCACACUCACUUUCUCUCUCUCUCUCUCUCUCUCUACCUCUUUCACUCUCCCUUCCUCUUUUUCUCCCCACCCACUCUCUCUGCAAACAUCGACAUGCCGCAGGUAGGAUUUAAAAGCACAAACUACAGCCCAGUUCUCAGUUCUCUCUGACUUAAUCUAAAAAAAAAACCCAAAAAAAUCUCAGCUCUCGACCUGGAAGUCCUCCCAGAAGCGUGUGUUAUUAUAUACACAGCUGCUCUGCUGGCAAGCCAAAGAGCGCGUGAUUGGCUUAAGUAGUUCAAAACCACCCAGUCCUCGAGCGUGUCACCGAAUUUACAUGCGCAAAAAUACUUACCAUGCUGACAGCUUUGCCAUGUCCCGCCCACGCCGCGCAGGACUGAUAUUCCUGCCACGCCGCCUGCCCUAACCGUGCCAGAUCGCGUCUCAGCCUAGAGGUCUGUCUCUGACGCCGGCUUUAGCCCGGGAUCACUGAGCCACGCCCGCCGGCGUGAGGCGCGACGGGGCCUCGUCCUCGUAGACAGUUCGUUCGUUGUUGCGUUUUUGCUUUUUUUUUUUUUUUCCCCGCUGAAGUCUAAAUUAAACUAAUGUGCCCCUGACCUUCACUGUUCAGUCCUGUGCCACCCUGAUGCAGAACAGUGAGUCUCCCAUUCUAAGACACCUCGUGCUGGUUUCUUCUCUAAUGGCCUGUUACUGGGCGCUCAUGGUUUUCCCAUCUGGACUAGAGGCCUCUAGGCUGAUGGUGUUUGUGUUCCAGGGUGUGUCAGACUUUAGGACUGUGAUGUUUACAGCAGGCUCACUGUGUUUACACCCAUUUUAACACGGCGGUACUGCGGACCAUCGAAGGUUCGAGUCCUUCUGCAAAGCACUGUAUGGGAUCAGAAUGGCCCGACUGUAACAUCACGACUCUGACACAGAGCUAGACUGAAAUUCUUUAUUUGCUUAUGUUUGUUUGUUGGUUUGUUUGUGUGUUUAUGAGUCUACUGGGCAUAGGCAAUUCCGAUUAUCACUGCAUGGUUUACAUUACAGAGCAUCAUUUCAAAUAUUUACAUAAAAAUGUUAGAAUGUUAUGCAGCAAACGUAGAUUAUCGAAAAUAUUCACCUUUGCCUUAAUAACAGCUUCAGACAGUUUCCAAAAAAAUCUCCUAACAAUGAAAAGUUUGAAUGAUAUUCACUCCAAAUGACCUGCUAAUACAGAAUACACAUCGUAAUAGUAAUAGCUAGUAAUAAUCACAUUAUUAGAUUAUAGGCAAGCGAUUAUAGCGUAACACACGUAAAGAAACACAAUCCUGGUUAACGGUAAGUGAUUAUAGUGUAAUGCAAAGGUAACCAUGAACCUGGUGCCUCUGGUCUCAGGAGGGCAGGUCUAGUUUACUGUAAACACGAAACUCUUGAAACAGAGGCGGCAUUUCAGGGCUGUGAUUCUAAACCGACAACGUGGGGUAAACGGGGCAUUUGUACGCCUGGGCAGUGCCCCGUUAACUGAGGUCCUGUGGACGACAUGCAGAGAACCUUCCUCAGGGUUGGUGUAAAAUGAUAAUAAAUGUAGAGUGUAUGAAAUGUAAAACAAAAAAUGUAUAUGGCUUUAUUUAACACAAGCUAAGUUUGGUCGACCUUAAAAUAUGUCUUUAUUCCCAGUGUGACAGCUCUGAUUGGACAUUGCUAGACAUGUAGUAAGUAAAGGAAGCUCUGAUUGGACCAUGGAGAGCGUGCAGUAAUUAAAAGGAGGCUCUGAUUGGACCAGAGAGGGCAUGCAGUAAUUAAAAGGAGGCUCUGAUUGGACCACUGAGAAUGUGCAGUAAUUAAAAGGAACCUUUGAUUGGA